GAGGACUAGAUGGGUUAAGAUUAAAAUUCCUUGGCAAUAUUCAGCCUUUUUAGGGAAAGAAAAGCAGAAUAGCAAGGCCGAAUGAGGAGAGACAUACAGUAGCAGGCAGACUGACUGACGCCUUUAGCUGCUGAAUUGAAUGGAAGUACAUUUUCCCUGGUAAUUGCUGGAUAUCUGAGUAUUUCAUCUAACAUGAAGGUGCUGGGGAUUUUUCUGUUGAUGGAAGUUUCAGGCUUCUUUUCCAUUUUUUCCAGCCCUUCCCCUCCAGUCCAUUGCCAUUGGAAUUCUUUUGGCCCUUGGUCCGAGUGCGAUGGCUGUACUCAAAACCAGAUUCGGAGACGGACAGUAGCAGUUUACGGACAGUAUGGGGGAAAACCCUGCCCUGGGGAUGCCUUUGAAACAAGACCAUGCACCCCCACAAGGGGAUGCCCAACAGAAGAUGGCUGUGGUGAUCGGUUCAGAUGUUUCUCAGGUCAGUGCAUUAGCAGAUCUCUUGUGUGCAAUGGAGAUCAAGACUGUGAGGAAGAUGGUGCAGAUGAAGAUCGAUGUGAAGAGAAGAUGACUGUAUGUGAUAUUGAUAAAACACCUCCAAAUUCAGAACUUACAGGAACAGGCUAUGAUGCCAUUACUGGUGAGACUAGGGGGAGAGUCAUACAUACAAAAACCUUCGGAGGACAAUGCAGAAAGGUCUUUAGUGGUGAUGGGAGAGAAUACUACAGGCUGAGUGAAAGCGUUCUUGCUUAUACUUUCCAGGUUAAAAUUCAGAAUGAUUUCAGCUAUGAGUUUUUCAACAGCAGCUGGUCUUAUAUGAAACACACAGAGAGGUAUGAAAAAUCAAACAGUGGACACAGUUAUUCACAGAAUAAAAUUAUGCAACACAGUCAAAAGAGUAAGGUGUUGAUGGUUGUUGAGAACAGUGUGGAAGUUGCUCAGUUUAUUAACAAUCGCCCAGACUUUCUUGCUCUUGCGGAGCCCUUCUGGAAGGAACUGGCCAACCUUCCAGUCGUCUAUGAAUACAACAUCUACCGAAGACUUAUUGAAAAUUUUGGGACUCAUUUCUUACACUCUGGAUCUCUGGGAGGACAUUACAAAGUUAUUUUUUAUAUGGAUACUGACAAAAUGAAAGCAGAAGGUAUGAGCAUAACAGACAUGUACCAGUGCACCACAUCAGGCUGGAACGCAUUCAUUGUGAAAAAGAAGAAAGUAAAGUGCUCCAAACUGGAUGAACUGCUACUGACUUCUUCAGGAAGCAGUGGUAAUAAGAUUAGAGGAGACCCCUACAUAGAAGGAGGAAGUCCAGGUGCUGUUGCUGGUCUUAGUUAUUUGGAGCUGGAUAAUCCUGCUGGGAACAGUCAGAGAUACUCCUUUUGGGCCAGCUCAGUGACAGACUAUCCCAGAGUAAUUAAACAAAAGCUAACGCCAUUAUAUGAGCUGGUAAAGGAAGUGCCCUGCUCCUCAGUCAAAAAGCAUUACCUGAAACAAGCCAUUGAAGAAUAUAUGGCUGAAAAUGAUCCCUGCAAAUGUCAGCCUUGCCAGAACAGUGGUGAGGUGGCUGUAGAAGGAACUCAGUGUGUGUGUUACUGCAAACCCUACACCUUUGGAGCAGCUUGUGAGCUGGGAACUCUCGUGCAAGAUCAGCCAGGUGGUAUUGAUGGACACUGGAGCUGCUGGUCUUCCUGGAGUUCUUGUUCAGGGGGAAGGAAAUCAAGGAGUCGAACCUGUAACAACCCCUCCCCGCAUGGUGGUGGGAAGGCCUGCAUAGGAGAGCAGCAUGAAAGCAGACCAUGUGAAGACGAAGAGUUGCAGCAUUUUCGCUUGAUUGAACCACACUGUUUUGAUCUAUCCAUAACACCUACAGAGUUCUGUUCACCUCCUCCUCUCUUGGAAAAUGGAUUUGUUCAAAAUGCUGAGAACUCAUACCCUGUUGGGAAAAGCAUUGUUUAUGCUUGCAAACACGGGUAUUCUCUUGUUGGCGACCCUGUUGCUAAGUGUGGCAGUAAUUUACAGUGGCAAGUUGGAGACAGAUAUUGCCAGGAAACUGCUUGUCCCCUGCCUGUCCUGGAGCGGGGUUUGCAAGGAGAGCCGUGGAAACCUGUGUAUGAGAUUGGUGAGAGAAUAACUCUGUCUUGUCCACAUGGUAUGCACUUAGAAGGGGCACACUCCAUUCUGUGCGAGACCAGUCUCAAGUGGUCUCCUGACAUGAACACUAUCCAGUGCAAGAGACCAGUGCCCAGUGUGAAACCAGAAGUGACAGAACCUAAAUGUCAGCCAUGGGAGAAAGUGCAUCAGUCACAAUGCGUGUGCAAAAUGCCCUAUGAGUGUGGUCCUUCCCUGGACACCUGUGCUACAGAUCAAAGAACCAAGAGAAACACACCUUUAACUGUUUGCAAGAUGCAUGCCUUGGAGUGCAUGGGCAGAAAAUAUUCUCUUACUAAUGCAGAAAACUGCAGAAGACCUCAUGCAGCUGAAAUACCAUGUGGAUCAUGUCGUUCAUGGGAAAAAUGUGAUGUGCAAUCAAACAACUGUGUUUGUGAUGAAGACGGGCCGUGUGAGCAGGGAGGCAUCCAGAUCUGUGCUGAAGUGAGCGGCUCUGGUGCCCGUUGGACCAUGACCGAGUGUGAGGCUGGGCGGCUCAGAUGCCAGGGGGAGACUGUCACUGUUGUCAGCAUAAAGCCCUGUGACGUAGAGAACAAAUAAGAUAUGUUAUGGUUCAUUUUGCUUAUUGCCACGGGAUAUGUCAAAAUGUGUCAACUCUUGGGCAGGACAUACUUUGAACCUUGCUGUACCAAAUGUAAGUUCUGUUGUGAAGUCCACUUCAUUGGCUCUGACCAGUGCUGAAUCUGGGUUUGAGGCUCCUCAAUAGUCAGAGUUGCACAAGCCACUACCGCUCAUGACAAGGCUCUUGCUUAGAUCCUGGACGUAGCACUGGCAAGUUUACUUCACAUUUUCAUCAGAAUAUUGCUGAAGUGCAGUUGCUAAAGUAGCAUUUAUAGUGAUGGAAUACAGUGUCUGACACUGUAAACACAUUUUUCUUAAAGCCACACAAACAUAUACAUUCACUGAGUAAAUUUAGAUUGAAAAUAAAAAGAAUAAUAUUCACAGAGUAAGAUAUAUCAUUCUUCUCUUUUAAUAAGGUAGCUUGCUCUUACUGUCCCUUGCUCAGCUGAGCAAGCAGUAUGCACAGCAUUGAACCUGUCAUUGAGCCUGAAGUUCUUAAAGGUCAAAACAAUGUUCAUUAAUAGUAAUAAGAAGACUUCUAUGCUUGCAGCUUCUUGCACACAGAUGCACUUCAUGAAAAAUCACCAUUUGACAUUGUCAUAACUAUCAUCAUGAGAUACAUUUGUAAACACAGGUAACUCAGUUGUAUGUCACAUGUAUUUAUGUUUGUGCCACAAUCAGUUUGCUUACAGACCACUGCACACAGAGGCAGCACAGCAAAACUUUCUCAGAGGCAGCUAUUAGGGAAGGUGUGUCUUCACAGAAAUGGAGUCACUCCACAUGCAGUCCCCCUGGAGACAGCUUUGGACAAUCUCCUAAGACUGUUUCUGAAUAAAAUAAGUCUCUUACACUUUCCUUACACAGCUAAGCAUGCUGUCUAGUGUAGCCAGACAGUGACAUCUUUGCUCACAUGUGGUGUACCUUUCAAGUCCAUUCAGGUACCUACCUGUCCUGGCAGUCCAAUCUCUUCUGCCUAUUCUGAGAUACAAACAAGGACAAAGGGGUGGAUAGCAAGUGGGUGAUGUAGCAAGUACAAUACUAUUGGCAUGAAGCCUGUAUGCUUUUUAAGAGACAGAUUUUAUUUCUUACUCUCAAUAAAUACCUACCAGAUGAAA